AUGCCGACCCUCAAACUUCUCGCCCUCGCGAGCCUAGUGGCACAGAUCGCUGCUCACGGCCAUGUCGACUGGAUUAUAACGGACGGCGUAGCUUAUCGAGGCUACGAUGCCCCGGCCUUCAGUUGGAAUCCGAGUAGCUUUCCAGUAGCUGGAUGGAUCACCGCCGCUACAGAUAAUGGAUAUGUCGAACCUUCGAAAUAUUCUGACCCUGAUAUCAUCUGUCAUAGGGCUGCCCAAAACGCCAGAGGCCAUAUAGCCGUGUCUGCUGGUGAUAAAAUCAACCUCCAGUGGAACACAUGGCCUGACUCUCACAAGGGCCCUGUUAUCGACUAUCUGGCCAGGUGUCCCGGUAACUGUCAAAACGUGGAUAAGACUGAGCUUGAGUUCUUCAAGAUCAGCGCCGAGGGUCUCAUCGACAUGUCCAUAAACAGCGGCUAUUGGGCUUCUGAUGUUCUCAUUGGUAACGGCAACUCUUGGACCGUUCAGAUUCCUUCGGAUUUGGCUUCGGGCAACUAUGUUUUGCGUCAUGAGAUCAUUGCUCUCCACGGGUCAGGCCAACCGAAUGGUGCUCAAAACUAUCCUCAAUGUUUCAACAUCAAGGUUACAGGUGGUGGGGACUUGGCUCCUGAAGGUGUCAAGGGCACAAAGCUGUACAAGGCUGACGAUCCUGGUAUCCUAUUCAACUUGUACACGACUCCCCUAUCAUAUAAGAUCCCUGGGCCUACUCUGGUAUCAGGUCUUCCUUCAACAGUUCGGCAAAGAAUCACAAGUGCCACAGCAACCUCCAGCGCCACGAUUCCAGGCCAGGGACCCACAUCGUCUUCCUCCUCUUCCUCCUCAAAAACCACAACGACAACGUCAAGUCAUUCCAACUCUACAACCUCUUCUACUACCUCUAGCAGCAAGGAGACAACACUCAAGACUACAACCUCGAGUCGGUCAUCAACUUCAAGCACUUCUGAACAAGACUCCGAGCCAACCGGCGAUAUCAUGUGCGGACCCGUACACGGACAAGCGAAAUACGCCCAGUGUGGUGGAAAGAAUUACGUUGGACCUACAUACCACAUUCCCCCUGUCGUCAUCAUGCCUCAUAAUAUACCAUGGACAGUCAGGGUUCAAUCUCAUCCUGGCUCAACCGCUGAUGAAAUUCGGAAUGAGCCAAACUGGACAGCUGGUCACCAGCAUCGAGUUGGUUUUCGAGAUCGCAAUGACAGACUUCCUGGAAUCACCCAUCAAUAUGAUGAAGCGCAUAGCGAGGAUAUCAAACAAGAAAAGGAAAGGUACCGCAAGUUGAAGAGCCAAGCCAAGGGCGGAGAGUUGGUCAAUUUCCGGGACAUUGUUGAGAAUCAAGAGGACUUCCAUCUAAGAUAUCCUCAGAAUCGCUCACUAGGGUGGAGAUAUGUACUCAACACAACUGAAGACUGGGUCAAGAACAAAGAGCCUUGGCCUGCCAACUUGAAGAAAAAAGAAGACAAGGAGCGCAAGGGAGAAAAGGGCCAGAAACAAGGCAAAGAAGCGGAACAUCAGGCGGAGGGUACUGCUGACCAAGAACAUUUGUGGAAACGUCCCACUGAUAAAGACAAACACCACGACGCCUAUGCUAAGGGAAAAGACCACAAAGAAACGGAUUGUGAUGAAACUUCCGAAGAAGAUAAACAGUCCAAGCUUUCAGAGAAGUACACGCCGGCGGAAAUCGCUCUACUCAAAGCUCUUCAGCACGAAAAAGAGUACAUAUAUCAGCUGAAAGAGAACGACGGUAAACGAAAGUCUCCACAAGAAAACAGAAUUACCCAGGUAUCCAUCGAUGAGCAGGACCAGUUCAGCCCAGAUAACUGGCUACCACGGUCUUCUGAUCUCAUUCGCCUCACGGGCAAGCAUCCUAUGAAUGCCGAGCCUGAUCUAACGCGGCUAUAUGAGGCCGGUCUGAUCACCCCCAACUCUCUCCACUAUGUACGAAACCAUGGUCCGGUUCCAAGAAUUCUUUGGGAGUUCCAUGAGCUGGAGAUCACGUGUGAAGGAAACACAAAGACGCUUUCGAUGGAUGAUUUGAAGACUUUUGAUGCUAUCAACAUUCCCGUGGCGCUUGCUUGCGAUGGAAACCGUCGAAAAGAGCUCAAUAUGAUCAAGAAAAGUAAGGGCUUUAGCUGGGGUUCUGGGGCAACGAGUUGCGCUUAUUGGAAGGGGCCUCUUCUGAGAGAUGUUCUUCUUGCGAAUGGCGUACCUGAAACUCUGAGUGGUAAGCGGUACUGGGUCAAUUUCGAAGGCGCAGAUGAGCUUAGCGAGGGAAAGUACGCGACGUGUAUCCCGUUUGAGUAUGCUAUGGCUCCCACUAACGAUGUCAUCUUGGCUUACGAAAUGAAUGAUGUCCCUCUGCCACCGGAUCAUGGCUAUCCUGUUCGUGUUAUCAUCCCAGGAUACGUGGGCGGUAGGAACGUCAAGUGGCUAAAGAAGGUUUGGAUCAGCGACGUGGAAAACGACUCUUAUUAUCACAUUUGGGAUAACAGAGUACUGCCGGCGUUCGUCACGGAGAAGGACGGUCCGUUUGCCGAGACACUCUUUCACCAUCCCGAUACUGCCUGCAACGAACAGAAUCUGAACUCGGUUAUCGUUAAACCAGCCCAGGGCGAGACAAUCUCACUCGAUAAGGCCAAGAAGGGCGAAAGCUACAGAAUUGAAGGGUAUGCUUACGAUGGCGGAGGUCAUGAGGUACAAAGAGUCGAGGUCAGUCUUGACGAUGGACAAACAUGGCUUUAUUGCAUACGCAAGUUCCCCGACUAUCCCAUCCGACAUGGAAACAAGUUCUGGACAUGGCUUCAUUGGCAUGUCGAUGUUGAGCUAUCGCAUCUGGUUCGCGCAAAGAGCAUUCUUUGUCGAUGCUUUAACGUGUUUAAGAACACACAGCCCAGAGAGCCAAGUUGGAACGUCAUGGGUAUGAUGAACAACUGCUGGUAUAUGGUGUAUCCUGAAAUCAUCGAAACUGAGGACUCAGAAACUGCCGCUAUUCUUUUCAGACAUCCUGUUGAGCCAGGAACUAAGGAUGGCGGCUGGAUGAAACCGAGCGUUGAGAACAGAAUUGCAGAAGUGAAGCAGCAAGCUGGGACACCCCAGAAGGAGUUCACGAGAGAAGAAAUCGAGAAGCAUAACACUCAAGAUGAUUGCUGGCUUGUUGUGGACAACAAGGUAUAUGAUGUGACAUCUGUGCUCGAUUGGCACCCUGGCGGCGCUGCGGCGAUACUAGGUCAUGCUGGAAAGGUUCAUCAACAGACUAGUGAUGAAUUUGCUAGCAUCCACGACGAUUAUGCAUACAAGAAACUAAAAGAGUGUGCUCUCGGAGUUGUAACCGAGAAAGCCGCCAACUUCAUCAAGCAGACUGCCGAAGCUGCUGCCAAAGAAGCGUCCGAGUCAAGCAACAAGGACAAAGAUCUGGCCCUCGAGAAGCAUAGAUGGAUUCCUGUCAAGCUAAUUGAACGAAACGAUAUCUCCGAGGAUACCAGAUCAUAUACAUUCCAAUUACCGGAAGGUAAGAGUGUUCUCGGCCUUGGAACAUGCCAACACGUGCAAGUUGGUUUCCAUAUGCUGGACCGGAUGUUAAUCCGCUCUUACACCCCCACCAAGCCAUUGUUGCCAGCGUCGGAGGACGAUGAGACGAUGGUUAAUGGAAAUGACGACGGGCUCCGAGAUGGAAAUGGAACGUUUGAACUUACAGUCAAAACAUACUUUCCAGACGAAAACCAACCUGGUGGCGCACUUUCCAAUAUUCUUGACUGUAUGCCCAUCGGCGAGGAGGUUGAGCUACGAGGUCCAACAGGAGAGAUAUCUUACCACGGCAACGGGAAGUUUACCAUCGAGGGACAAGAGCGUCACUUUGAAGAGGUUUCUUUGGUCCUUGGAGGAUCUGGCAUCACGCCCGGUUAUUCUUUGAUUGCUCGUAUCCUCUUAUCUAACGGCGAUAAAACCAAAAUCAAGGUAGUGGAUGCAAACAAGACGGAAGCGGACAUCCUGCUGAAGAAGGAACUUGACGAGUUUGAAAAGACCUCGAAUGGCCAGCUUAAGAUUACGCACGUCCUAAGCCAUCCCGACGAUGGCUGGACAGGGAAGAGUGGCCAUGUGAACGAGGACAUUAUCAAAGAAUGCCUGUUUGAACCAUCCGAGAGAAGUGCGGUGUUCCUUUGUGGACCGCCGGGUAUGAUACAGAAGGCUGCUCUUCCGGCAUUGAAAGAUUGGGGCUAUUUGGAUGAUGAGAACAUGUUUGGAUUUUAA